AUGAAGUGGGAGAACCGGAGCUCCGUGUCUGAAUUCCUCCUCCUGGGGCUCCCGGUCCGGCCGGAGCAGCAGGGCAUGUUCUUCGCCCUGUUCCUGGGCAUGUACCUGAUCACGGUGCUGGGGAACCUGCUCAUCAUCCUGCUCAUCAGGCUGGACCCUCGCCUCCACACCCCCAUGUACUUCUUCCUCAGCCACUUGGCCCUCACUGAUGUCUCUUUCUCAUCUGUAACUGUCCCUAAGAUGUUAAUAAACAUGCAGACUCAGGAUCAAUCCAUCCCCUAUUCAGGGUGCAUAGCACAGAUGUAUUUUUUCAUAUUUUUUACUGAUCUGGACAAUUUUCUUCUCACCUCUAUGGCCUAUGAUCGGUAUGUGGCCAUCUGUCACCCCUUGCACUACACCACCAUCAUGACAGAGGGUCUGUGUACCCUACUAGUAGCUGUGUCCUGGAUCUUCUCCUGUGCCAGUGCCCUGUCUCACACCCUCCUUCUGGCCCAUUUGUCCUUCUGUGCUCACAACACCAUCCCCCACUUCUUCUGUGACCUUGCUUCCCUGGUCAAGCUGUCCUGCUCAGACACCUCCCUCAAUGACAUGGUCAUUUUCACAGUGGGAGUAGCAGUCAUAACUCUCCCAUUAAUAUGCAUCCUCAUCUCUUAUGGCCGCAUAGGGGCCACCAUCCUGAAGGUUCCAUCUACCAAGGGGAUCUGCAAAGCCUUGUCCACCUGUGGCUCCCACCUUUCUGUUGUAUAUCUGUAUUAUGGAGCAAUUAUUGGGCUGUACUUUUUCCCCUCAUCCAGCCACUCCAAUGACAAGGACAUAAUUGCUUCUGUGACGUACACAGUGGUCACUCCCUUGCUAAAUCCUUUCAUUUAUAGUCUAAGGAACAAGGAUAUGAAAGGAGCCUUAGAGAGACUCUUCAAAGGGGUGGCAAUCUCUUAA